AGCCAGCCAGCCAGCCAACCAACCAGGCGGGCAGGCAGGCAGACAGGCAGACAGGCAGCCCGCGUCGUACAAAUCAUUUAACUUACAUAAUGGCGAUGCAAGUUCCGGCUGAUGUAGAUGCUGAUCAAAUAAAAUCUUUUCGAGACUUUCUGACUUCGUAUAAUAAACUCUCAGAAAUUUGCUUUAUCGAUUGUAUAACUGACUUUACGACGCGAGAAGUUAAAACCAAAGAAGAGAAAUGUGCUCUUAAUUGUAUGGAAAAGUAUCUGAAAAUGAAUCAACGAGUGUCUCAACGGUUCCAAGAAUUUCAAAUGACUGCUAAUGAAAAUGCUAUGGCAGCUGCUAAAAGACAAAAUCAGGCAAAUUAAGUUUAGUAAUAAAAAUGUAAAUAAAUAGACUUUAUCUUGAUCUUCUAUAUCAUAAUCUUAUAUCUUAUUAUGAUACAAGAUUACAAGAAAUAUCACUUGCAUGUUCCUUUGGAUAUUGUUAAUUCAAGUGAGUAUUUCUAUAUAAAUAUUAUUACUUCAUCCAAUAUCUGAUAGAUACAUGUUAUUUUAAAAUUUUGUAAAAUAAAAAAAAAUUGCAUAAUGAAUGUACACUUUGUAAUAUGUGUGGUUUAGAAAAAGUUACAUAUUGUGUAUAUAUAUUAUAAACAUAGAACAAUAGAGAAUUAAUGUACAUGUUAAAUAAGUAAGCUUGUUUUAUUUGUCAUC